UCCGAAUCAAACAGAAAAGGUGUUUGUGAACGCAACCAUGAAAUCAUCGCGUUCGGUUUGUUUUGAUUGCUCAUCCACCUGUGCCUCGCUGCGGUGGUGACGGCCUGCCGUCACCAGGUCGCAGAGUGAUAGUGUAUUUGGCUGCGUCAUUGCUUAGCAACGCAGCGUGGUUCAAUGCAAUUGACAUCGCGUUGGUUAGGCGAUUUUUCGGACAGGUGGAUGCAAAGGGAGGUGGGAAAAUGUGCUUAAGGGUCAAUUUGACAGUUAACAGUGAGGAAGGCUGUUAAUUUCACGAGUGGAAUGCAGCCUUAGCAUGUUUUAGUGAACAUUUCAAGUAGAAAAAUACUGCUUACACAACGAGGUCAAGUACAACCAAAACUAGUUCGUUCUAGUACUAGUUUUAGGGUUUAUGAAAUAAUAAAUCGUUUGCUCGUGAACGUUUGCGAGCUGAAAAAUAACAACCGAAAACACGAACACUGGCAGCGUACAACAAAUAAACAGUCCAUUCAGUAGAUCGCAAACCGGUUCGACAGACGUGUGCAAAUUUUCAAAAAUAUCUUUGCGAAAUUGCCGUCUUCAUAUGCGUAUAUUCCACCGCAAUCCGUGGCAUCUCUGGUCUGAAUUCCGUAGCUGCUCUUGGCGAACAUCAAUAAAAAAAAAAUAAAAAAAACUGCACCAACAUCAGAUAAACAAAGCCGCCAAUGGAUAUACAUUUGCAUACUCUUCGCAGAUCAUCAUCCCGAUCCACUUAUCAUCCACCAUCGCAAAUGCGACGGGAAAGGAAAGCUCGAUUCUGUUUUGAUUUUUAUUCGUGACGUCAUGCGUUAGCUAUUGGCCACCUGCGCCUGCUCAGUUUUGCCAUAACAAUCAGUGCUACCAGACAGCACUCCUUUCGUGAAGAAUUGAUACGUUGAAUAGCUUCCAACACUGCUCCUUUCGCAGAGUUUUCCAACCAAACGACCGGUUUAAAAUUAGAACAUUCGAAUCGCGUGUUGGUGGAAAAUCGUUGGACACGGAUCGGCCCAACUUUGCACAUCACUCGCAUGCCCACGACCACACAUUCAAUCCCACGCAAAUCCCGUCAUCUUCCAACCCGUCGGUUGGCCACAAGCCAGAGCGCAAAGAGCGUCUGAGGAAAUCGAAAACCCCGACCGUGGAUGGAAAUUCUCUUGCGUUCGCUGUUCGUGCCGAAACAAUCCCCGAAACCAGACCUAUAUCGUGGACGGCGACUUGACUAGAAGCUCAGAACAUCUUCGAACGGCGUCCGAGACAGAACUCCGAAGCAAUAACCAGAACAGUGUGUGGUGCCUCGAAAAGUGAGAAGACAGAACCCAUCCGUCCGAUCACACAGUAGUGAGAGCAAAAGUGCGCUAGUGUAUUUGUCCUCCCAAACCUCGGAAGCCCUUGCAGUACGCGGAACACUACCGAAAAUGGUCUACGAUAGCGACUACUACACCACCCGCCGGGUCGGUUCAACCUACACCCGCCCGACCAUUUCGUCCUACACAGUAACGACUCCGCUGCGAUAUUCUGGAAUUUCUCGCUUCGAUACAUUCACCACUACCACCACAACGUACCGCAACCCAAUGCCAUAUAUUGCCCAUAAGCGCAUUGUUCCAGUGUCACGAUUUUCCACCACGCCGUCCAGGGUGAUGGUUUCACCGGUGCGAGUGUUCGGUUCGCCUGUCCGCGUCCUGGGAUCGCCGGUGCGGGUUCUCGGUUCGCCGGUUCGCGUCAUCAGCUCGCCCGUGCGAACCGUGGUCCGAGCCGUUCGGUCUCCGGUACGCGUUAUUUCCUCACCGGCGCGGAUCGUUGCGAUCCGCUCGUCCUAUCUGCGUCCGUCGAUCGUCAACAAAGAAUUCGAUCGUAUCGAGCGUAAAUACCGAGCCAGUCCCGUAAGUAGCGCCCUCGAGCAGUAUUACAACUCGCCCUCAUACUUGGAAUACGACGACGAGAAACGGGAAAUUCGCAACUCAGCCGCACUGCUGCUGCGUCAGUUGAAUGAUCCAGUGCCACGGCUGAUGCCUCCACCGGUGAAAACGGCAGUGCCGGUCUCCGAACCAAACCUCAAAAAAUGGGUAUACGAUCCAUUCAGCCAGCACAACAAGUACAACGCUGACACUUACGUGAAGAGCACCAUCACCGAUCCACUGCGCAGUGUUGCCCGGGACAUCGAAGCCAUGUCCAGAUACCAUUCGCCGGCCUCUCGCUACGUCGAGUACGUCCUGCUGGAUGACAUACUGUGGCGUUACACUUAUUACGUCGAUGACAAUGGCAAAAAUCACUUGGCCAGUACGCGCAUAAUCGGAUCGCAGGCCUACCCGAAGACCAAGCCCCGAAUUUAUAACUAUGACACGGCCCGGGUCGGCAGAGACGUCAAUGUCAUGUCCCACUAUAAGUCGAACCGCAGUCAGGCCAAAACCGACGUCGAGGAAGUGAGAUUAAAUCCAGCCCGGCCGACGCGUAAGUUCAACAACCCCAAGCUGUACGACGAUCCAACCGAUCCGAAGCUCCAGGACAAACAGAGUAAGAUCGACCGGGUAGCCGAGCUGAACAAGAUACGCUACGAGCCGGUCAACCUCGAACGGGAACGCGUUAAAGCGCUCGAAGACGCCAAGAAGAAGGAGGAGGAAUCGAUCGAGCGGGAGCGGAAACGACAGGAAGAGAAAGUGAUCCAGGAAGAGGAAGCUCGGCUGGCAGCCGAGGAAGCCGAGCGCAAACGCCUCGAGGAGGAGAAACUAGCCGAGGAGGCUAGGCUCGCGGAGGAGCGACGGAUGGCCGAGGAGGCACGGCUUGCCGAAGAGGCGCGACAGGCUGCGGAGAAGAAAAAGAAAGCAGCCGAGAAGAAGCGCAAGCAGCAAGAGGAGGAAGAGAAGAAACGACAGCUGGAGCUGGAAGAGGAACGCAAACGAUUGGAAGAGGAGGAGCGCAAACGAAAAGCUGAGGAGGAAAAGAAACGGUUGGAGGAAGAAGAGAGAAAGCGUAAGGAGGAAGAGGAGAAGAAACGUGCUGAAGAGGAGGAACGUAAGCGCAAAGAGGAAGAGGAAAAGAAGCGCUUGGAAGAAGCGCGACUGGCCGAGGAAGCUCGCCUUGCCGAAGAAGCUCGCCUUGCCGAGGAGGCUCGCCUCGCCGAGGAAGCCCACCAGGUCGAAGAGAAGAAGCGGAAGGAGGAAGAGGAAACCCGAAUCACCGAAGCGCAAAAGAUUCGUGAGGAUGAACUCACACGGUUGAACGAGCUGGAGAAGCAAGCCAUCGAGGAGGACAAUGAAGAACUGGUCCGGGAAAUCGCCGAAUUGAAAGCAAUUGCACAGUCCGAUGAGGAACUGCUGAAGCGUCAAGCGGCAAAACUGGAAGAUGCACCAGCUGCCCCGGAAGUUGCCGCAGAAGUGCCACCAGCGGUAGUGCCGGAAACAGCCGAAAGUGCGGAAGCCGCUACCGCAGACAGUACGGCUGAGGAGGUCCCGGCUCCUGAGCAGUAGCCACAACGCAUUAUAACAUAACAAAAUAAGAUGCCAAAUGUUUAACGUGUUUUGAUAAUUGUAUAAAUCGAAGCCUUAUCAACCUUAUAAAAAUAAUUUAUAAUGAAAGACACUAACGACAAUCGGAUGGAAACUUUCCCGAUUGCAAUCGAACCCGACGACCAAGGGAAAUCAGAACCGAAAAAAUUCUACUCGUGUUACUCUAAAAACUCUAGACAUUCACAUAAUGCAUCUCCAGCGUAUUUCGUACCAUGCAAAGCAGUGAGGGGUAUAGAUGCAGACUGUCUAUACUGGACCCUUCAAAGAACAGCAUGGUUCGACAUUUGUGGAUGGAGACAAAGAUAAUAUCUACCAGUGCAUUUUUCCGCAGCUUACAACUCGAUUCCUUCAUUAUCACCCUCUCGAAAACACACACACAAACGCAUCUUUAAGCUGACGGUCAAAAUUUAUUGUUAACACCCAUCCUUGUAUAAUUGCAGCACAUAUGUUAAGUUUGCAAAUAAACAACUUUCGAAAUCUA